UAGGCAAAGAUUUUCGCACAUUUGUAAUGGAAACGCCACAAGUCUGUGUAUCGCUGAAGUGAUUCGUUGUGCAGGGAUCGUUUAUUUUUCAGGCGUCUGCUAGAUCCGAGUUCGACUGCUUUUGACUCAUUCCUGAUGUAGAACCUCGAGCAGAAGUAAUAAAAGCAUGCACGGUGUUCAUAAAACUCCCAGUGCUUGGUUCUUCCCGAGUGAAUAAAAAUGCCACAGUGUGAGCGGGGCAGAGCGAACCUCCGGGUCAGACCACUUGUUUCAUAAAAAAACAAACUCAAUCGAAAGUUUAGCUUGAGGGCCGUUAUCUUUUUCUUUUUUUUCUUCAUUUUCGUUUAAUGCACAAAAUCGGAUAACGGUUUUGAUAUCCGAUUUUUCAUUUUGGAUUACUUACUGGGUUUUUUUGUUUGUUUUGUUUUGUUUAGUUUUCAUUUUUGUUUCUAAAGUAAGAACAAAGUGCCUGAAUGUGCACAGACCGUUUAUGCAUUUCUGUGUGUCCGUCACCAUCUCAGCAGCUGAAGGACAUGCAGACCAUGGUAACCGUCUCUGUGGAGACAGUCACCGAGCAAGACACACCCCAUGCGGUCAUUAUUAAAGCAGGCUCAGAUGGGAAGCACACGGAUUUACCAACAGUGAUGGACCUCAGGAACCAGACCUGAACUUUGAGUGGAAUCUUUAUUUUUUUUAUUUCCUUUAGGACUAAAUCUGAACACCUACCUAAACCCAAACUAUGGCAGGAAGGAACAAAAAUAUGGAAUUGAAUAUCAGGUAAAAAUUCUCUCACAAAGAUCUUGUCAUUUGAAGUCCAAAUAAGGAAAAAGAUUGUCUGUGGAUAUCUGAUAUUUAACAGACCUGUGUUCAGAAACAGAAUUGGACUGAAAAGAAAGUUGCUGAAGUUGGUUGAAACCUGUUCUUUUUAUUUACACUUCUACCUACUCAGUCCAAGAGAGAAAGCCAGCUCCACGCAAUGACACACCAGACCUCAUCUAAGCCCCGUUGAUCUCGUCUCGGGGAGAUCAACGUUCUACACUUCUACAUUUGAACUGUAGAACAACAAUCAGGUGUUUAAAGAGUUUCCCACAAAGAGAAGACAAAGAGUCUUUUUUUUCUCUUUACCGACUGCAUUUCACCGACAACCAGUUCUUGAGCUAAAGUUAAGUAAAAGUGGAGAAUAAUUCUUCUAAGAACUGUGAAAAUUCCCUCCAAUCAUACAGGAGGACAUAAGUGAUGCUUACAUAUAUUGUCUGAUCAGAGUUCCAUAAGGGAUCAUCUGAAGAUGGAAAAUGAGGCACGGGUGUUAUUUGCUAUGUCCAUGGUUCUGUCUGGUACAGCAGCCGUCUUUGGAAACAUUUUCAUUCUGACUGUGUUGCUGCUAAACAAACAGCUUCAGUCCAACACACUGGUCCUCACCUUGAGCUUCAGUCUCAGCGACCUGGCUAUCGGACUCUUAAUCAUUCCCUUUGGAGUUUACAACAGCGUGUCCUCGACUGUAUACCCCAGCAAGAGUGACCUCUGUCAGUGGAGCGGCUUCAUCCUCCUCCUCUUACAGUCUUCUUCCAUUCAGUCCCUCACCUGGGUCACAGUGGACAGGUUCAUGGAGAUCUGCUUCGCCCUCAAUUACAGCAACAUCUGGACCACCAGGAGGAGCAGCUUUCUGCUGGCACUGAUGUGGCUUUUCUGCAUACUUAUCGCCUCUCUGCCCAUAAUGGGUUUUGGCAGCUACGCUUACAGCAAGACCCGCUUCCUCUGCUGCCCAGAGUUCAUUCCUCAAAACAAGCACUUUGUGAUGGUGUGGAUGGUGACCACCAUCAUGAUGCCGAUCUUCACCAUGUGCUCUGUGCAUGGAUACAUGAUCUACGUUGCCAGGAAACAGGCUAGAAGAGGAAUGUUUGUGAGCACUGAGAGGCACUGUGUCAACGUUCCGGCAAAGAUCUACCUGAAGGGCUCCAUGGUGAUGAUCACCAACUCAGUGUAUUUGAUGAUCUGUUGGCUGCCGUACAUCGCAGUGUGUGUGUAUGAGACGCUCAGCGGUCAGCAGAGUUCAGCAGCAAGUUCGGCUCUGUCUAUCUGCCUGGUUCUGUCCAGUGCUGCCCUCAACCCCUGGGUCAUCUACAUGACACACAGGAGAUACAGGUCAGCAGUGCGACAAAGUCUGGGCAAAUUACAUCAGAUGUGGUCUGGGAUGUUUCCUCUGCAGCCUUUCCAGAAGUCUGUCGGCCUGACCUCACUCCAUACCACCACUCCAUCAACUGAAACUCCCAUGUCGGAGGCCGACCUCUGUUAUUCACGCAGCCAAACUUGACCAAUUACCGGCUUGUCUGACCCUCAGAAAUUUUAUUUUUACCUUUCAGCUCAGUGAACACCACCACGGCUAAUUAGAUCUUCUAGCAAGAAGAACUAAUUAGGUGAUUGUUUCUACUAACUGAAGAAGAAUUGAAGCUAUAAUAUUGAAAAAAUAAAAUAAAUUAAUUAAUUGA